AUGAUUUCAUGGACUGGUGGUCAAGCACCAUUUGAAAUACUCUUGACUCCUUCUGACGAACCGUAUCAGAAUAUACCUGUACCAGCAUCGGCCUUCAGCAAUGGAAAAGGCUCUUAUUCAAUACCGCAAUUGUUGUUGUUGUCGGGAACAUCGUUUCUACUUACUAUGUCUGACGCCACUGGAUUUGGCUCGGGUGGGACGACAAACGAAUUGACUGUUGGCAAUUCUGUUGCAAAUAAUAUUUGCAGCUCUCCACUUUCGUCACCUCCUUACACAUUCGAUUUGUCUCCGAAUUCGCUCACGCAAUGCAGUCAAUUUACCGUUACGGCCAAUAGUGGUGCAGUCCCACCCAUUACUAUUGGGCAACUCAUCCCUGGCGGACAAUCAGUCGUGUUCAAUUCCGGCAGCAAUACUUUUAAAUCGGUUUUGGAUGUCAUCGCAGGGACAAAUGUCAUGUAUUUUGUCAACGACUCCUUGGGCAACCAAGGUGGGGUCUCUCCAUUCGAGCCCGUCUCAGGAUCGAGUGAUUCCUCGUGCCUAAGUGCCAACUCGCCGUCAUCUACUACUCCAGGUAUGGCGGCCACAGCCACGGCUUCACCAUCAUCUAGUUCAAGCAGUUCAUCAAGUAGUCUAUCAAGUCAUUCAUCAAGUCACUCAUCAAGCAGCAAUGUUGCGCUUAUCGCAGGCGUGGCAGGCGGUGGUGCAGCUGUUCUUAUUACAUUGGUCAUCCUCGGCAUGUGCUGGCGGCAUAAACGGAAGACCCCUCGCUGUUUGGAUGUUAAGUAUUCUACAAAAAGCCGUCCACAUCGUUUGCAGCGUACAGAUACAAAUUACGAAGACAACUCUUACAGUGACAUUCCACCACCAUCCCCUUUCCCAUAUACGACAGACCUUCUCAGCAACCAUACCCGACCCAUUAAACACAGCCUAAUGAUCCAACCAGACAUGACCAUUUCGUCCGCCAGCAACUUCGCAGCUGGCAUCCCUCCCCCACCAUUCAACCAGACGCAAUAUUCUCGCCAGAGCUCCAACACGGACAUUCCUGUCUACGGGGAUGCUCGAAGCUCGACCAUAUCAUCCGCUAACAACCGCCAAUCACCCCUGUCUACCGGGAGCUUUGCAGUCGACGACCCUCGCACACCGUCCUAUCAGACAAUGUAUUCACUCCAGAGCUCAAACGCAGACUUUGUUGUGUAUGGAGAGGCUCGUAGCUCGGCUAUGGCAUCUGUUGACAGGCGAAUGUCUACUAUCACUGAAAUGUCAUCACAAUGGGAGGAGACGCGUCCUAUUAGCUACCUUGAUCCGUCUAUUCAAUCCGGAUCUCAGCCAAGUCCUAUCAAUGCUUCGGCCGCCAACUUGACAACUAGGGACCAUCACGCACCCUUCAAUCAAGCACAGCCUUUGCACCUGAGCUCCAACACAGACUCUGCUGUCGAUGGAGACACUCAAAUGUCAUAUACGAUGCCCAUCGAGCAUGGGGCUCGACCAGCAUCACCAUUACCACAGAAGACAGAUUCUGUCUACCUUUCUCCACCCGUUCAACCCAGUUCCCAAUCAAUCUCUACCUCUGCUGGCAAUGUCGCGCCUCCCACACACUUCAACCAGACACAAAGAUCCCAUCAGAGCCCUGACACAGACAGCUCAAAUAUGCACGGAGCAUCUGGAAGUCCUCUGGCGUCGGCUAGCAGGCAAACAGCCUACCAACCUCCUACUCGAAUUAUCGUGCAUACUGAUGCUGCAGAUGCUAAUGGUGUAGUCGAACUUCCGCCGCAGUAUUCAGAGCAUUGGGGAAUGCGCUCCUCGUAA